AUGGUGAACUUAACGUCGUUUUACCUUCCGAUGCCAAUAAAGGUAUCAAAUAAAAUGACUGCUGAUCCUAUGCCUAUGGAGAAUGUUUUUGAUGCGAGAACUCUAGUGACUUAUUUUAACAUGAGAGAAAAGCAAGACAUGAAACAGAAGCUUAUCCAAAGGGUACUGGAAGCAAAUGAUUAUCAUACACUUGGGAAAUUGGGAAGUACAGUAUUUGGCUUUAUAAAUCAUCCUCUUAGAAGAGAAGCUUGGAGACAACUGCUUUAUGAACAACUAACGAUAUAUGAUGAUGAGGAUAAAGAUCCUGAAUUACUUUCAGUAAAACAACACAAGGAUGAGAAUCAAGUAAUGCUUGAUGUGAAACGCUCUUUUGGUACUUUAAAAGAUGAGCGUUUGAAAGAACGUUUAAGAGACAUUCUUUAUAGUACUAUUGUAAAAGUCUUGCGGAAAUAUCCACAACUAAAUUAUUACCAAGGAUAUCAUGACCUAGUUUCAGUUUUUAUUAUGGUAUUUAUAGAAAGCUAUCCGUUUGUCAAAACCACAAGCUUUCUUACCCCGUUGGAUGCUAGAAUUAGAGGUGAUACUGACCCCAUCCAGAAUACUGAUACACAAACCUCAUCUAGCGGUAUCUCAAAAGAUAAUAAAAUCGUUGAUGAAGAACAAUUAUUUGGAUGUGUUGAACGUUUCACAUUAUUAUAUUUACGUGAUUUUAUGAUGAACUGUUUGGAUUUCUCGCUAGAUCAACUUCAAAUCAUCCCGCAGUUGAUGAGGAUGAUGGAUAUUGAUUUAUUUUCUAAAUUACACUUUGAUUCCAUUAACCCAUUUUUUGCCAUUUCGGCUAUAUUGACUAUUUUUUCACAUGAUUUAAAACCAUGGGAAGAUGGUUCUUCUAAUGGAACCAUUUUCCAAAUAUUUGACUUAGUAAUAUCUAAGCAAUCAAUGUUGGUACCAUUGUUUAUUUAUGCUAAUAUUAUCCUUGAAAAGAAACAAUUGUUAUUAGAAGCUUACGAAUGUAAUCAGGAUAACUUUGAAAAUACAGUUGAUUUGGUCCAUGGAAUAAUACAGCAGGUUCUAAUGAUACCUUCUUCAAAUGAUAAUGACGCUGAUGACAAUAAAUUCUGGAGGAAAAUUCUCAAAAUAUCCCAGGAUAUGUCAAUAAUAGAUGACUAUAAUGGAUGGCAGACAAUAAUCCACCCACAAAGCGUCUUGUUAACAACAGCAUCAGGGGAAGGUACCAUAAAACAAUACAAUAUAGAAGAAGUUCUCUGUUUACUUGGUAAACAGAUCGAAAUAAACGAAGCUUAUAAGAAUGUUCCUAUCAACGAUAAACCCUCUUGCUAUUAUGGUAAAAGUGAAAGCACUUGCCUCAAUUGUGCCGCUUUAUAUUCAGGAUCAUUCAUAAAACUUUCAAUCCUUAUAGGUAUCUUUGCUAUACUUUUACGAUUUACAGGUAGGAACACUUUCAAGAAUAAGAUGGGGUUUAUGUUCCCAGACUUUUCAAAGUAUUCAAGUCUCAAUUACAUACUCUCUAUGAUUAAUACUUAUAAAACAGAGGAAUAA